AAAAAAAAAAAAAAGAAUUGCAGAUCAUGAAAUCCAAAUAACUUGUUCCAAGUUAGCAGGAUUGAACCACGUGUUCACUUACUCGAACCUACUCUCGAAAGCGCUCUCCACUUCGACAUCACUUUUUAUGCAACAUCCCAAAGCAAGCCAACGUGUACCGACUUUCCAGGAUAAUGCGACACGUCUUCUUCUCUCAUUGGUCAUUAAGGAGCCAAUUAGAAAGCUUAAUAGCGUCAAUUUAUUCAGUGGGCUCCACCCAGAAAUAAAAUUCCACCAAUCACCUCUCUCAACUAUGUUCGAGUUGAACUAGACACGUGGUGCUUCUUUGCCCAGCCACGGUGAUGCCGUUAUGAUUAUGGUCAGUGUUUCCUCACACAGAGAGAGAGAGAGAGAAGAGAGAGAACAGACUCUAAGAGGGGCAGAGACCAGAGAGUUUGCUCGGUUAGAGACAGAGAGAGAGAGUGGAGUGAGGUGGUGCUUGAGGGAAGAUGGAUGGCGGGGAAGGGUGGCGCGUGAUAUCAUGCGCCCCUGGUGCUCAGGAUAAGACGAUAAUCAACCCGAUAAUGCUCAGAUUCAGGCCGAUUGCUCCCAAACCAGCAACCGACGGCUGGAAGCCAGAGAACAAGAACGGUUUGGUUACUAGCGUAAGGACGAAGAGAAAGUAUGUUAGGGUUAAGAAGACAAACGAAUACUACAAAAGAAGAAAAAGGAAAUCAUCAGAUCUAGAAAGAGCUGGUAGAGAAGAUGAUUCAAACGAGAAGCUUUUCACGCUCCAGUUACUACCAGAGAAAACUGAUCUAAAAAAAAAUUCACCCCUAGUUAAAGGAUCUAGCAGUGGUGUUGAUCGUACCGAUAGAAAAGAUCAGGUGCAAGAGCAUACGGAUCCUUCCGUGUUGUUUGAGUCCAGAACACAGGUAACCGGUGAUCUGAGUUCCCUUGCCUUUGCAGAUCGGACGGCUGCGAUGGCAGAGAAGAGAGUAAUAGAGACGUGGGUGACGGUGGAGAGCGUGACAGACACGUGCAUGGAAGUGGCGGACGGGUUAGGGUGUACGGACAUGGAGAAAAUGAAUAAUCUGAACAGGGACACGUGUCCGGGGUUUAUAUCGGAUGGUAGAAGCAGAGUAGAGUGGGUGAACGAAGCAUACAGAAGGAUGGUGAUGGUGAGACCGGAAAAUACCGACGGGCCGUACUCGUCGGUGGAAGAGAUCAUUACGGUGAGGCUGGUGAUGAAAGAGAAAAUAUUGCCAUAUCUGUACUACCCAACGUUUACGUGCUGGGUUAGGUUACAGUACACGUGGCCGAAGGAGAAGUUCUCACAAAUGGUUCCGUGUGAUGUGUGGAAGAUGGAAUCUGGUGGGUUUGCAUGGAGGCUAGACGUUAAGGCAGCUCUAAGUUUGGGUCUUUGAAAAUGGACAAGAAAGAAAGAAAGACCUCUCAUUUCAGGUAUAUGCUUUAUCCUAAUCUAUCACCUAAUAAGUUUCUUGCUAAGCUGGAGAAGCAAAUUAUGUACGAUAAUUAUAUAUACAUUAAGUAAAUGUCAGUAGGUGUAAGGGUGCUCUAAAGUCUAAACCAAGAAGGGAUGGCCUGUAGUGUAGUUUAUUUGUAUCUAUGCAAAUAGACAAGAUUUGGGGACCCAAAAAAGAAAGAAAAAGAAGCAACAAGAACAAGAAACAAUGUGAUAGAUGGGUUCGAAGGAACUGGGAAUUGAUGGUUAACGUGCUUAAUUUGUGCUCUACAUGCCACGCCGGGGGGUUGGACAGUUGGGGGACGAAGAGAACCUUCCAAAUGGCCCAACCCUUCUCUCUUUUUGUUAAUUGCUAUGUGUAUAUCAAAUGAAUUGCCAAAACUUUUUUACUGCUA